AUGGUUCUCAAGGUUCACGGAGCCCCGACACCAUGCACUCAGCGAGUUCUAAGCAUCUUAUACGAGAAGCAGGUGCCUUUUGAGCUUGUGCCUGUUGAUUUGUCGACUGCAGAACAUAAAGGAGCGAAACAUCUGGAGAAUCAUCCUUUCGGAUUGUGCCCUUUCAUCGACGACGAUGGAUUUGUGCUCUACGAAAGCCGGGCAAUUGCCCAGUACAUAGCAAUGAAGUACGACAACCAGGGUACACAAGGCCUCAUUCCCAAAGACCUCAAGUCAUAUGCUCGUUUCCAGCAAGCGGCGUCAACGGAGACGAGUUAUUUUAAUGAUCUAGCCGGGACCAUCUUAAUGGAGAGAAUCUUUAAACCCGAUGAAAAGCUGGUUGAAUCUUCUUUGACUAGAUUGGCAGCCAACUUGGACGUAUACGAGAAAAUACUUUCAAAACAAAAAUACUUGGGCGGCGAAGAAAUUACGUUGGCGGAUCUGUAUCAUUUACCUUGCGGAACUUUGCUCCCAGCUGCUGGUACUGAUGUUAUCGAAGCCAGACCAAAUGUCGCCAGAUGGUUCAAAGACCUGUCUUCCCGAGAGUCGUGGAAAGCUGCUCUUGCUACGACAUCAGCAAUGUGA